AUGAAUUUGACCGACAAUGAUAUACCAUCUAUUAUACAACAAGCUUUAGGAAAGAAAACAAAAUGUACUGGACUCCUAUUACGUGAUAAUGCACUGACAUCACUUGGUGUGAAAAUGCUUGUCGAUGCAUUGCUUGCAACACCGAAGAAGUUAAAAUAUCUCAGCUUCUCUAACAACUCAGCCAUAGGAGAUGUUGGCAUUCAACACUUGGUUCGUUUAUUAAAAACCAAUCGAUCAAUCAUUUUUCUCGCCAUACCUAAUACAGGUAUGACAGAUCAUGGUGUUCGUUUACUAGCCGACGUACUUAGUGACAUUGAUGAUGCGUCAUCAUGUUCAUCUCUUGAAAAACUUCAUAUCUCCUUCAAUAAAUUGAUUACUGAUGAAUCACUCGAAGCUAUCAUUCAAAUACUUGAACGAAACAAAACAUUGAAGGAACUUUCAAUGCAAAGUUGUAGUUUGUCUGACGAAGCUCGAUCCCAAUUAAGACAAACAAGUACAAAAACGAAGAAAAAAAAAUUUAGUCUUUCAGAGUAA